UGUUCACAUUUCUUUAGGUUUACAAAAAUAUCCAAAAAGAAAACUAUGUUGAAUAUAGACCCACUUCCCCUUGAGCUCCAGUCUCACUCCACCGCCAAAGCUAAAACACACAAGCGCAGGUUCCAGUGAAGCGAGAGAGACGAUAAUGGCGGUCUCCGUCUCCAUCCUCGCCGUCGUCACCUCCCUUCACCUCAUCGCCUUCGUCUUCGCCAUCGGCGCCGAGCGCCGCCGUAGCACAGCGGAAUCGGUACCGGACCAGUACGACGAAGCAACGUACUGCGUGUACGGAACGGAGGCGGCGACGGUGUACGGAUUGUCGGCUUUCGGGUUGCUUCUGGUUAGCCAGACGGUGGUUAACGGCGUUACGAAGUGUCUCUGCUUCGGGAAGGGUCUCGUCACGGGCACUUCCUACACCGUUUGGGCCAUCGUCUUCUUCGUUGUCUCUUGGGUGAGCUUUCUUGGAGCCGAGGCAUGCUUGUUGGCUGGAUCAGCAAGGAACGCUUACCACACAAAGAGCAAAGGCAUAUACAAGCAGAAAGACCUGUCGUGUGCAACUCUACCCGUCGGGGUAUUUGCCGCUGGAGCAGCUCUAACUUUAUUGUCUUUAGCAGCGUCGAUUCUUUACUACCUGGCUCAUGCAAAGGCCGACACUGGUGGGUGGGAGAAGCACCGGAACGACGGGGUAGGCAUGGCCAUGGCCACGGCCACGGCCACUGACACUUCAGGUACUCAGAAGCAGCAUAACUCCGAGCUGGAGAAGGCUUAAUAAAGCCUUGGAUUCAUUUGCAGGGCCAAUGUCACUCCAUGUGUGGCUUUCAGCUUUUUAAGAUAGGAGGAUUAGAUACAGAGCCAAUGUCAUUCGUGUUGUAUUGGGGAUAUGUAUGUGUAAUAUCAGAAAUGUAGUCUGGUGUAAUAUGGCAUGUUUCAGGGAAUAUAUAUAUAUAUUGUGUUUGGUUCUCAUUGAAAAUGGUUAUGAUCA